UACAAUGGACAAAAUUACAAUGGGACAUUCAUGCUUUUUCUUGGAAAUAACCUCCUUACAUCUCAAAAAAUCAUUGACACGAAAGAGAAGCCUUAUAAGUGUUUGGAAUGCGGAAAAUGUUAUAAAACAAGCACGCAACGUAGUUCCCAUGAAAGGAUUCACUCUGGGGAGAAGUCCUACAAAUGCAGAGAGUGUGGUGAAAAGUUCAGAAGAUGUAGUAAUCUUAUUUCCCAUAAAAGGAUCCACUCAGGAGAGAAACCAUAUAAAUGCAUGGAGUGUGGAAAGACCUUUGCUCAGAGCAGUGGAUUCAGAAACCACAAAAUGAUCCACACAGGGGAGAAAGCAUAUAAAUGUACUGAGUGUGGGAAAACUUUUACUCGUAGCUAUGACCUUACUAUCCACAAAAUGAUCCACACAGGGGAGAAGCCAUAUAAAUGCAUGGAGUGUGGAAAGAACUUUGCUGACAGGAGUGGACUCAGAAACCACAAAAGGAUCCAUACAGGGGAGAAGCCAUUUCAAUGCAUGGAGUGUGGAAAGACCUUUGCUCAGAGCAGUGGACUUAAUUCCCACAAAAAGAUCCACACAGGGGAGAAGCCAUUUCAAUGCAUGGAGUGUGGAAAGACAUUUGCUCAUAGAUCUAAUCUUAUUUCCCAUAAGAUGAUCCACACAGGGGAGAAGCCAUAUAAAUGCAUGGAGUGUGGAAAGAACUUUGCUGACAGGAGUGGACUUAGUUCCCACAAAAAGAUCCACUCAGGAGAGAAACCAUAUAAAUGCAUGGAGUGUGGAAAGAACUUUGCUAACAGGAGUGGACUCAGAAACCACAAAAGGAUCCAUACAGGGGAGAAGCCAUUUCAAUGCAUGGAGUGUGGAAAGACCUUUGCUCAGAACGGUGGACUUAGUUCCCACAAAAAGAUCCACACAGGGGAGAAGCCAUUUAAAUGCAUGGAGUGUGGAAAGACAUUUGCUCAUUGUAGUCAUCUUAUUUCCCAUAAAAGGAUCCACACAGGUGAGAAACCAUAUAAAUGCAUGGAGUGUGGAAAGACAUUUGCUCAUUGUGGUCAUCUUAUUUCCCAUAAAAGGAUCCACACAGGGGAGAAACCAUAUAAAUGCACUGAGUGUGGAAAGACCUUUGCUCAGAGCAGUGUACUUCAUCGCCACAAAAAGAUCCACACAGGAGAGAAACCAUAUAAAUGCAUGGAGUGUGGA